GACUGACAUGAUCGUUUUCUUAAGUGAGUUGGGGAAUAACACGAUUGUUGUUCACAAAAAAAUUGACUGCAAUUUGUUGCUCUCUUUCUAUUGCUGCAUUUUGAUCUUCUAACCAGUCAUCCAACUCAGAUGAGUCUGAAGAAGAGGAAGAAGAUGAAAUUAUAAAAGAAGAUGAACCCCCAAUAUUGAAAUUCAUUUUUAAGUGUUAGUGUUUUGAUGUUUGUCUAACAUGUAUAUGUGUAUUUUUAUAGGUAUAAAUUUUACUAUUCUAAAAGAUAAGAAAAUCUUAAAUAUUUAAGCUACACCAUUCAUUGGAUUCUAUAUGCCUAUUUCACUUAUCCAAGGUAACAAGAAAAGAAUCUUUACUAUUUAAAAUUAUAUUCAAGAGGUCAGACUUAUCCAAUAUAUUAGAUAAGAGAAGAUAAGAAAAUCUUAAGAUUUCAACCAACACCAUUCAAUGUAUUUUAUAGCUCACCAACCCUUGGAUCAAAAUCUUAUCAUAUCCAUCAUUCACAGGUAGAUAAGAAAAUCUGUAAAAUUAAACCAUGUCCAUUCAUUUGAAUUUUAUUCAUCCAUUUUCUUGUAUAAAUAAUAGGUUCUACACAAUGAAAAAUCACAUCCAAUAAACUUUCAUAAAAAUAUGGAAAGAAGUAGAGGCUCGUCAUUAGACCAACAUGAAGAUGAGUUGUUAUAUCGUGUCUAUCUAGAAAUAUCCCAAGAUCCUAUUGGCAGCAAUAACCAAUCUCUAGGAAAAUUAUGCGAAAAAAUAGAAAAUAGUUACAAUGAACAAAAAUAUGAGUGUUGGGAAAUAAGAAGCAGCAGAUCCUUACAAGGUAGGAUGACUACCAUUCUUUAUGCAUAUCCAAGUAGAGAAUUUGCAUCCAAGUGGGGCAUUGUAAGUAUAUUUAUUUUCUAUUAUACAUAUAUGAUUGUGUAUAUGUAUUUCUUAAGAUUUCAUAUUUCAUGCAGAUGGAAAAAGCUAAGAAAUUGUUAAUACAAGAUCCAAAACAAAAAAAAGGUUUCAAGUUUGAUCAUGUUUGGCUUUUGAUGAAAGAUAUUCCAAAAUUUACCGAUGUCAAUAUUGGUAUUCAAGACACUCCUAAUACUGAGAUCAAUAUCGCCGGCUCUCCUACAUCACAAUCUCCAGGAGUGUCUUCAUUUUCAAUCAAUUUAAGUAGUGAUGAUGGAAGAUCGAAUUCAUCACAACGUCCGAUUAGAUCAAAAAAGACAAAACUCAAGAGGAAGCUUGCUGAAGGUAAUAGUUCAUCUGUUGACAAUUUGGUUUCAUCAAAUGAAAAAACUACUUGAUUUCUUAAAAGAAAGUACAUCAAGUAGGGAUAAAGGUUUUGAAAUGGCUCAAUUACAUGUGCAAAACCAAGCAAAAAAAUUAGCACUUAAAGAAAUGCAAGAAGAAAAUAAGAUAUUGUUAACAAGUCUAAAUUCUAUUGCUAAUUCUACUACUUGUGAGUUCAUUCGAUCUGAACAAGAAAGAAUCAUCAAGAAAAGAACUCAAGAGCAACAACAACCUCGAGUUGCACCAGAGAUUUAUGGAAAAUAUUUUGGUGAUAUUGGAAGUCUAGGAUCAAAUUUACCUGAAUAUUAAUGUUGUUCUGAUGUUUACUUAUGUAAUAUCUUAAUUUAUGUGAUAUUUUAUUUUGUGAAAUAUUUUAUGU